AAUUCUUUUAAAGAAAUGUAAAGUAGAAUGGCCAAGAGACUGCAAAAAGACUUAGAGUAGAUGCAAAAGUCUUAUGCAGAUCAAUUUAAUGUGAGAAUGCCCAAUAAUGAUAUUAAACAUUGGAUUGUAGCAUUUGAAGGAGCAAAGGGAACAUUGUAUCAAGGAGAAAAAUUCGAGUAAAUAAUUUAAAUAAAUUAGAUUGCAAUUCAAGUUUUCAAACGAAUAUGUAGAAAUACUUAUACUUAUUUAGCUCUUUUUUUCUUUGAAAUUAGCCAAUUGAAUCUCCUGAAGUAAUAUAAAUUAUCAAUAAUUAGGUAAUCUUUAUUGGCAAACCUCCUGAGCAUGAACAUAUUUAUUCCAAUGGAUUUAUUUGCUUAUCAAUAUUAUUUGAUGGUAUUUAUGAUCAGUCAUAAUUUUAGAGUGGUCAGCUGCCCUCACUGUAAGUUCUGUUUGCUUGUCUAUACAAUCAAUGCUAUCAAGUGCAACCAAAAAGGUCUAUUAUAUUUCUUAUAUCAGAUGAAACCCCCUAAUGAUGCCGAAUUUGUGAAAAGAGCAGCAGGAAGAGGACCCAAGAGCUUUCUUUGGAGUUAUCAUGAUGAAAAAUGUUGAAGGCGCUCUAUAAAUUAAUAUUGCACCA